UAAACAAUUAGCUACAACUCAGGCUGGCAUCGAAAUUCAAAGUUUGAGCGCUUUCCGAGUUUCGGCAGUUCUCUAAGUAAACUACAGAAAGACACACGUAUUUCCCUAAAAACGUUUGACAACCCCUCUCAAAAACAGAAUACACCCCCUAAAGGAGAAAAUAACCUUAUCUGAAUAUCCCAGGAAGGAUACGAUUACAGGAUGUCGGAAGCUGGUGAAAACUCUGAUGAGGAGUACUAUGCAGAGGAGUCAUUCGAGGAGGACUCGCAAUCGGAGGUGGAGGAGCAGGAGGAAGAGGUGGAGGAUGAGGCCGAGGCCGAGGAAGAUGAGACCAUUGAGCUGGAGCAGCAGAAGCCCAAUCAAAAGGAAGCUCUAUUGCUGGAGGAGAGCGACACGCAGAGCGAAAGUGAUGCGGAGGCCGAGUUCAUACGCGGAAACCCGCACGCCCGUCGCCAAAUCCCCGGUCGCUCGUCCGGCGGCUUCAAUCGCGAUCGUAUGGCAUCCUACCUGAGCUCCUCCUCCGAGGACGAGAGCCAGGUGGUCAUUACCAAGACGGUGGCCGAGGUGAAUCAACUCAGUCUGCGAAUGGACACGCCUCUGGAGGAUGAGGCGCCCACGGAGCGCACUCUGGUACCAGGUAGUGCCCAUUCCCGGAUUAAGGAUGAAGUCGAAGAGGAGGAGGAGGAGGAGGACGAGGAUGCCGAAGUCGAGGAAGUCGAAGAGGAGGAGGAGGAAAUACAAAGCGACGAAGAAGAUGGAGCCAUGGAGUCCAACGGUGGUCGCCAGUCCGCCGAGGAAAGCGAUGAGGAUGAGGGCACCGAUGUGGAAGUGGAGCAACUGGAGGAGGAUGAGUCCAUAGCCACGGCCGUGAGCAAGCCGACGGUGCAGGAGAAGAUUGCGAUGCCGCAAGAGGACAUCGUGUCCCUGGUGGAUGCCAGCGACAACAGCAGCGAGCACAGUGUGGCCACCAUGUGCGUGCCAGGAGACGAAACGGACAUCACCCUGGAGGAUUCUCCUAGAUUCCAAAAGCAGCAUCCAAAAACCGAAACAGUGAUAGAGGAAGAGCCCGAGGAGGAGGAGGAUCCAAUGGAGGAGCCUCUAAAGAACCUCAGUGAUCUCCUUAAUAGCAAUGGUUCCUUGCCAACUCAGCAGCCCGAUCUGGCGAGAGUUCGGUACCUGGAACAACAGAUGACCCAGAUGUCGGAGAUGAUCAUGAAGUCCUUCCAGAUCAAUGGAGGAGCGACGAACAGCCAAGCCUUCGAGCAGCUUGCCAUGGCCACGGAUUUGAUGCAUCAGCGCAGUCACAGAACACUGGAGGACACUGAAUCCGAGAUGGCAUCGAUGACGACGGAAUCGGCGAUGACCAGUGCCCGAAGUUUGGGAGGAGGAAGACCGCCGAUUAGGAUGCGCAUGCAGCGCUCCCAAGACGCACUAAUCACUACAAGAUCGUCCAAGUUGAUCAGGCCCAAGUGCCGGUGUCCCUCGGAAUCGGAUCUUAUUGUAGAGGAUCAGGAACUGCAGAUGGGUGGGGAUUUUGUCCAAGGUCUGGAACCAAACGUAGGUCUAGGAAUGGGCAUGGGAAUCGACGAAGACUACCUCGUGGACGAAUGUGGGCAGGGCGAUGGACUCAUGAGACAUCCACAACAGCGAAGACCGGCGGAAUUUAAGAGGCGAGCGGCCAGCGGCACUCCGAGCAGCUUCAACAGUGACGGAUGCGAGUAUCCAAUCAAUGUGUCCCGUUCACGCUGCUCCAACGACAAGGUCAACUACAAGAACCUGGGACGCAAGAGCUUCAGCUUUACGAAUCCCCAGGUGCGUGAGAUCGAGCGACAGAAUCAAAUCCUACUCCGAAAGAUGAUGACUGUGAAGCCCACGGCCACGAUUAAGGCGAGCACCAGCAGCCUUAAGAUCAACGGCCCAGAGAAGCAACGUCAGCCAGCGCCGGCGCCACGUCUCUCCAGCGCUGCCGUCAACCGGAAGAAGUUCCAGCGACAGAUCGAUCUGGAUAACGAUCUGCUCAAGCGGAAACUGGAGGCCAUCGGCACCCGGCGCCCGCAAUUCAAGUGACGCCUCCACGGGCAGCUCCAACUG